AUGACGGCCUCGAGCUACGGGUAUCAGCACGGGUACCCUGGCGGCGUGCCCGGCGGGGACAUGGGAUACACCCCGUCGCACGCCGGGGACUACCCGACGCCGCACAGCUCGCGCGGCGUCCACCCCGGCUACCCCCCCGCGGACCCGAACGCGCGCCCCGGGGACGACCUCCACCCCGCGGAGUUCUUCGACGGCGCCGCGGACGAGGACGCGCGCCCGGAAUACUUCGCCGGGAUGGAGGAGAUGCUCGUGUACUUCGAGGGCGUCACCGCCGCGGUGGUGAACUACUCCCCGGCGGACACGAACGCGAUUCGGAACGAGCUGCAGAUGCUCGGCGCGCGCGUGCGCGAGCGAUACACCCCGGACUGCACGCACGUCAUGACGCCGUACCAGCAGGGGCGGGACUACAAGGAGGCGGCGAUCGACGGGAAGAUCGUGGUGUCGUACGCGUGGCUCGAGGAUUGCCUCACCGCGCGUCGCGUCGUGCCGCACACGGAUAAGGUGUUGUAUCAACCGAUACGAGACGAGAACGGCGUGCCGGGGAUGGCGCACGCGGUCGUGUCCGUCGCCGGAUACAAGGGACCGAUUCGGAACGACAUCCGCGAGCUCAUCGAAGCCGCGGGCGCGACGUUUAACCAAAACUUCACGAAGAAGACGACGCACCUCAUCUGCUACCGCGCCGAGAGCGAAGUGUACGCGAAAGCGCUGCUGUUCAAGCUCGAGGGACAGAUGCUCGAGAUCGUGAACCACCGAUGGAUCGAGGACUCCGUGAAGACGUGGCGACGCGCCCCGGAGGAGAGCGAGGUGUACCGGAAACUCGGCGUCGAGGUGGACUUUGAAGAGCGCCUCGACGCGGAGAAGAAACUACGCAUGGACGUCGAGGCGCAGCUCGAGGAGGAGGAACGCUCGCGAAGGAACUUGCAGGAGCUGUUAGAGGCGGAGGAGAGCGCGCGCGCGGAGAUGCAAGCGCAACUCAUGGAGGAGGAGGCCCAGAGGGUGUCGCUGCGGUCGCAGCUCGAGGGGGAGGGCGCGAAUCGCGAGGCGCUGCAACAUCAGUUUAGCCGCAGCCGCGGGGACAUCGACUCGCUGCAAGCGCUCCUGCAGCAGUCGGAAGCGAGCCGGGGGAAGCAAGAGCAGCAGCUGCUCGCCGCGGAGGAAGAGCGCAGGAGCUUGAUGCGGCAGAUCGAGGACAUGCGGCGGCAGCAGACCGCGCUGCAGUCGCAGUUUAGCCGAAGCCGGCAAGACUUGCUCACGCAGCUCGAGGCGCGUCUGAACUCGAUCGAGCAGCUCCGCUCGGAGCUGGACAACGAGGCCAAGUCGCACGGGGACACGAAUCAGAAGCUCGAGGACGAGAGGAAGGCGCACCGGGAGACGCAAGAGAAGUGCGUGCAGGGCGAGAAGGAGGUCAAGCGGCUCCAAGACCAAGUCGGCGCGUCCGACAGAGAGAAGGCGGCGUUGCAGAAGCAGCUCGAAGCCGAACGCAAGUCGCGUCUGCACAUCCUGUCCGACUUCGAGUCCGAGCGUAAACAGCGCGAGCACCUCAUCAAGCAGCUCGAGGCGGAGCAGAAGCUCCGCCAGUCGCUGCAGAAGGCGGUCAGCACGAAGGAGGAGCUGCGAUUGAAGGCGGAGGAGGAGAUCGAGCGACUGAACCAAGACAUCCAGGAGAUGAUGGACGAGAUCGACCGACUGAAGACGUUCGAGCCCCCGGAGAAGAUGGACGACGCCAAGGUGAACGUGAAGCUCUUCUUAGAGGAGGACAUCCGGUUCUUAGAGCUCGACCCGGACGUCUCGUUCGAGGAGCUCAUCAUCGCCGUCGGGAAGGUGUUCAUCGAGACGUACAUAUUAAAGUUCGAGGACCAGGACAAGCAUCACAUCACGCUGAAGACUUCGGACGACUUAAAGAUCGCGAUUCGGCAGUACGAGAAGGGCGAGCUGCCGUUUCUGAAGCUAAUACUCGAAAAAGCGGGCGCGAAGAAGGGCGGGUUUUUCUCGAGAAAGAAGAAAGCCCUGGGGGAGGAGGACGGCGAGGGCGGGAAGAAGGGCGGGUUCUUCUCGAGGAAGAAAAAAGGCGGCGACGACGACGACGACGACGACGAUUAG